AUGGCCGUUUCCCCUGAAAACUACAAACCAAGCCAUAUGAACCAUUUUUGUUCGCAUGUUCAUUGUGUUUUCGUGGUCUGCAUACCCGGAAUUGUGGCUGCAGUUUUGUCUGCAAUUGUGUUUGCAAAACUUCGCCACAGCUCUUUGGAGGUUCUACUAUGUGGUCUUUCGUUAUUCGACGUGGUUCUUCUCACUUCUUCAAUUAUGAUUUAUCCAUCUAUGCAUCAAUGUUCAAUGAUUCAUGAACCAUCUGAAAGAGUAAUUCUAGAAUCUCUUCAAUGGAAGGGACCUCUGAUUAUUUUCUCAUUCCAGCAUAACAGUUUUGUGUGUCACUUCUUCUGGAAAGUCACCGUAUUCAUCUUCCCUUUGUCUCUAAUUGCUCAAGCUGGAUCUGUUUGGACAUACGUGGCGGUUACUGUAGAUCGAUUCAUUGCUGUUUCGUUUCCAAUCAAGCGAAGAGUCUGGUCGACUCGAUCGAAUUCAUUGACUGUUUUGGUUGUUAUCACCCUCAUAUGCACAUUCUUCAAACUUCCUUCAUUCUUCGAAGUGCGACUCGAUCAUAACGGAGAAGUUGUUCCAACGGAAUUGAGGAAGAAUCAAUUCUACAUAGAAUUCUAUUUAUUCUAUCUCUAUGUGACAUUCAUUCAAUUAAUUCCAUGGACUAUCAUCAUCUUUUUGAAUGCUAUUAUAAUUCACAAAGUGAGAUUGGCAUAUCGAGCACAGGAAGUUAUGAUUCAUAAUAGUGGGAAGAUGAAUUCAAAACGAGAGGAUGCUGAAAGAAAGGUAACCGUAAUGGCGACAGUCAUGACAAUGAUAUUCAUAUUCUGUAAUAUUCCACCUGGCAUCAAUUACCUCGUUGAUAGAUACAGUAAGACAGAUCUCUACAGACAACGAAUUCCCCUUUCGAAUGUACUUGUUUGUGUUAACAGUGCUUCGAAUAUGAUGAUCUACUGUGUAUUCAAUGUCCGUUUCCGUCGUGCUGCUCUUAAACUUCUUGGAUGUCCAGCUUUGAUUACGACAAGAAAUGGAAGUGUUGUUACUCGAUUGACAACUGAUGGAGGAAAUGGAAUGCUUCGUUCUCGAGUCACUACAUUCGACAAUCUUCACAAUCGCAGCCCGGAAGGACCGACACCUUGCUAG